UUCUGGUUUGCGAAGGUGCGGUGGGGAAACAUCGUACGGUACGCAUCGCCUGAUAUGCCUUCUCUCCUCAUACAACUGUCUCGCGUCUCCAUCUUUGUUUCGCCUUGGUCACUUUGUACUGCUUUAUUCUGCUCGCUUUGUAGCGAUUUCCCCCUCCUUGUCAUGUUCUGGUCCUGUUUGUCAUCCAGUUGAGGCUGCGGCAAGUACUCCGCGUGGGCGUGGACCUACAGUCAAGACCUUUCAGAGUCUCAAAACAAACCACACUCCCCCCUUCGGCAACAUGGCCUCCAAGCUAUGCUGUACGGCCGAGCAGGAGGGCCGAGCAGACUCUCCAGAGCUCCCCAACGUCCGCGUCACCGAGGCCACGCCGGCGAAACGACCUCUUCUAUCGAAGGGUUCCACGUCCCCAAACUCCCACGUCACGAGCACCAGAUCGGAAGACCUCCACGAACUCCAGCAGAUCUUCGACAACGCAAAGAACAAUGGAGCGGGCCAGGCGUCCCCAGCAAAGGCCGGCCGCACACACUUCACUCGGCCUUCGGUGUACAGCCUGCACUCGCUCCACAAGAUGAAGAGCAUGCACUCCCUGAUCCGGCGGAAGUUCUCCAGGGACUUAUCUAAGAAGCCCUCGGACAACCCCUCGAAGGUUACCGGUGCGAAGAAGCGUCCUCCGGCUGAUGAUAACCCAGACACGGUGCUCAAACAACCGAAGGACGGGCCCAACGUGCAGCUCAAGAUUACCAAGGACGAUCUGAGGAAGGACCUGCUCAGUGACAAGAAGCCGGAUGAAGGUGGCUAUGAUUCAGAUGCUCAGGUGCUGGAUGAUAUUGCGAAGAAUAUCGGAAAGAGGACGCCGAACACGAGACCGAGUUUGCAUAGCAUCGAGUGGACGCCAUCGACUGCAAGCAAAGCAACGCCGGGCUCAUCGUCUAAAGGGCGCAACAGCUCGGACCUUGGCCGUGAUGUGCAGCCAUACCAGAUUCGACACCCACAGACGCUCUCUGCCCGCUUCAGCCAGGUUUUCAGUACACCUAACCUCCACGCCGACCGGUCCAAGCCCGCCGAGCGCAGACUCAGACGUUCUCACUCUGCUACAUCCAUCGACCUUCCAGCAUUGUCGCCGCUCUCGCCUCUUCGGUUGCCGAGUCUCAAGACACACGAUCAGGAAGGCGUGCCAUGGUCGGUCGCUUUGAGCGAGAGCCUUCGUCUUUCGCAGUUCCCUGUUCCUCCUCGACAUGUUACUCCACAGCCUUCUAAGCGCUCCUUGAAGGUGCACGUGGGUUCUCAAUCCACCGGAAGCAAGGCUGGAAGCCAGUACACCGAGGCGACUGCGAAGGCUGCGGUAAUGGAUCCUGAAGCCCCUCAGCGGACAACGGCUACCCAGAGCACCGACAAGGAUCCUUCCACCCCGGUUACUGUCGUGCAAAUUCGCGUACAGGAACCCACCUCGUUAACAACACCGCGCACUUCAGCCUCCAUCAGAGGCACAGCUCCAGAGAACGCCCCGCCUGCUCCGCAGGAUACGGUGAAGCAAACCCAGGACGACGAUGAAGAGGAUAAUCCUCGACGAUCGGUCCACCUGUAUAGCAUGCGCAUCUCGCACCAUCUACGCUCCGGCUCACUGCUCUCGUGGGACAAUCUCGCUGAUGCGCCUGAGCUGCCGAAUCUACCUCGUACCUUUCGUGACCGCUCUGUCUCGGACCUGAGUCGUGUUUCCCAGGGGCAGAAGCAGCUUAGCCGGCAUGUGAGACAGACGUCAAGCUCCGGGUUUGCUAGCUCCAAGGUUCCUGGGAGAUGGGGCCGGGUAGUUCCUCAUGAGUUUCGAGAGGAUAAGUCUUCCGUCUACUCUAGUCGACCUCAGAGUCCGCCUGACAGCUUUGGCGAGUCGAUGAUCAAUCUAUCGAAGACCGCCACUCGACACCACGCUUCGAAGGACUCCUCUGUUGAUCUCACAAAACCGAGGCGAUCACACUCGUUCCCUACCGACAACGAAGAAACCCCCAGGCCAAUCCGGCGACAUGGCCUCACAAACCUUCACGACAAACCUAGUAUACCCAUGAGCAAUCGGCGCUCGACAGAAUCCGCGCGGCUGGCACGGAACAAUAGCGUCGCGAGCACUAAGAAGUCUAAAUUCCGUGAAGAAUUCAGCCCAUCACCGCCCAAGAAGAAAGUCAUGCAAUCAGCUUCUAUCAUGAGAUUCCUCAACCCUAAACGAAGCAGCAUGCGCAGCCAAAGCGAAGCAAAUCUCAGAUCCGAUGCACCAGAAAUUGCUGUGGAUGGUUCCCUGGAGACUCCUCGUGCAGGCGCGCAACGCGAACGUCGGUUAUCAAAGUCUAUGGUGAGUAUACAGGCCGAGCAAGCAGCUUUGGGAAAGGACAAAAAGGCGAGCCCGGUGUGGGAGCGAGCAUUGCAGAACUACCAAGAUGAGCGCGCAUGUAUGUUUCUGUCGGAGAACAAGGACCUUGUCACUCAGAGCAGUCCGUUUCGAGAGCGGAGCGGAAGCGUCGCGAGGUCAAUGCACAGUAAUGAAGAAGAACAGGCUUCAUCGAGAAAGUUGAUUCCGGCGAAGCGCUUCUCGGCCCCAGUCCUAGAUCCGCCGGCGCCUGGCAAGCCUGGCCCGGAAUACCCUCCUUCGCUUUUUUCGAGACGGACUGCCUUUAUCGGAAGGGACAUGGACGAUAUCAGCCCAAGUCGGGAAGUGCAGGCGUGCUUCGAUAAGCAAACCGAUGUGGCUGAGACUGUUGGUGCAUGGGGACGCUACCCAUCCCACACGCGCCCCGAACGAACCCUUUCUGCUGGCCACCUUGACAACGUCGACGCUCGCGAUUUUGCACUGGAAGCAGCCAUCAAGUUCGCCAUGGGGAAAGACAGCGAUCCAGAUGACGACCUGAUAGACCCCACUGCUCGCCUUCCUUCGCCACCUCUACUUCGAGGCGAGAAGAAGCGGAAGAAACGAAUUGGAAAUACUCGGAUGGCAAAGAGCCACUCCAUGACCUUCGGCAAGACAUUCUUCAAGAACUAUACCAGGAUGUUCAGGAGCCAAAGCAUCGAGUUUUCGAAGCACGGACGUGGGCAUCGAAGCUCGAUCACCACGGGCGGGACCCUGGAACAUCCCGAGCUGGAGAUGCUACCGCAGGUUUGGAUGCGGGGACCGAUUGACGAAAGAAAUGGAGAGCAUAGCGGCGGUAGUAACGAGUCACAAGGCGAACAGGAGGAGUACGGUGUUGGCGAUAGGAAGGGCAAAGGCAAGCUGAAAGACGGGAACUCUCUGGCGACACUUCGUGCUGUCAACAGCGACAAGGCUCGUCGGAAUUCUUCGAUGGCCAGGCUUGACGGUCAGGUUGAAGAGGAGCACUCAAAAGACACAGCUCGCGUUAUGUCCACAUACUACGAGUCAUUCAUCCCGGCCUUCCCGCGCGCAAGCACGGAAGCCGACUUUGGGCUCGAGGACUUCGGCGUGCCGUCACGCCACUCUUUUGAGAGCAGACGCGCGUCCUUGCGUUCACGCACCGUGCCUGCCCGCUUUUCGAGGCAUUCUCGCAAUGCGAGUCGAAUGAGUCGCCUCAGCGUCGUCAGUCGCACCAGUGCCAAACCGAGCUUCGUGUCUGCAGGGGAUGAUGAAGUGGGUAUGGAGGCGCGGAGCAUCGUGAGCGUGCGUAGGAGUACGAUGGACUUGAUCAAUAUGUACAAGGAGCAGGAGAAUACAGAGCGAGAGAGGGUGUUGAGCUUGAUGAGAGUGGAGAGUCAGAAGGAGAACCAGGGAAUUACGGCGUUGUGAGGAGGAUGUAAUGUGUAAUGUGGUGAGUGGUGGUGAGUGGCGGUGAGUGGCGGUGGGAGGGAUGGUAUGCGAGUAUGUAGUAUCGGUCUGAGAACAUUGUAUGGACGCGACGUCGAGGGAAGAGCGGUAAGCACGAGAAGUGGCCUUCUCACUUGGAUGAGCUAUCUGAUAGUCUGGGGAUAUUGAAUAGAGAAUGUAUGAGUACUAAAA